GGACAUGAUUGGCUGCCGCACUGAACUAACAUGAAGCCAUCACCCCCCAGCAGCCGACUGCCGCGGUGGGCGACAGGCGCCGGGCUGCUCGUGCUGCUGCCCGUCGCGGGCUGGGCCCUGGGGCGGCGCUUUGCACAAGCCCGCUGCUCGGAGACGGCCACGCUGCUCGGGUCCGACCCGCGGCUGGCAAAGCACGCUGCGCAGACACGCGAGGCGAGGGGCGAGGCCGUGUUCCCGCUGGCGUGGCCGGCGCGGGCCAAGAUGCAUAAAAGAGAGCCGGAGCCACUUUACAACGCACCGAACCCGACGCAGCGCGUCGCUUUCGUCGUCGCGGGCGGCCUGCGGACCUUCGCGAACGCCAACGCGCAUAGAUCGCUCUUCUGGCACGGGCUGCGCGCCCUCGGCGGUUCCGUCGAGGCCAUCUUCGUGGUGUCGACGGACCACGGUUGGCACUCCGACGGCCGCGACUUCCUGCGUCGCUCGCACCACGCGGACCGCGCGAAAAUACGAGACGCGAUCGCUGCGUUUGAUCCCGUCCACGUCGAGGUCCACUCGAACGCCGACUGUUCGAACGAGACGAUCGCCCGCCGGAUCGCGUGCUGCCCCGCCGGUAACCCAGACUCCAGAGUCCCCCAGACGUACCCCAGGCUCCAGGCGUACUGGCUCGCCGCGUCACUCGACGUCGUCCGGGCGCGCGAGCGCGCGGUCGGGCGCCCGUACGACUGGGUCGCCAGCAUACGACCCGACCUCGUCCUGUUGGAGCCGCUGCCGGUCCUCGCGAACCUUGCGCCCACGCGGCUCUAUGUGGCCGCGAAGACCUUUACGACGUCCAACAUCUGGGACGUGUUCUUCAGUGCGGAAAUCAACCAGUGCGUCGGGCCGGCCUGGAGGUAUUAUUUACUAUUCUGGCCGCCUCGACGCAGCGCGAGAGUGCUUGGCGUCCUCGCACGAGGCGUCUUAGGCUUACUCACCCGAACGUUUGAUUUCCGCACAGGUGCUCUUCCUCGUGCCGCGCGCGCUUGUCGCCGACUUUGGCGCGAGCUUCGCGGCGGUGCGCGACGCGUGCCACUCCGAGGCGCUCGAGACCCAGCUCCGGGACGAGUGGCGAACGAGGGGUGUGCCCUACCAGGCGUACCCGUUCGCGGCGACGCUCCUGCGGAACGAGGGCCACCUCGACUGCGGGUACUUCCGACACACCGCGCUCGACCUCUUCGGGUCGUCGCGCGGGCGCGCCGGCGGGGCAGCCGUCGACCACGAACAGUGGUGCGGCGAAAUCUCCGGCCGCAUCUCCGGCGGCGCCGCCCUCUUCCCGCCUGUGAACUGGACGCGGACGACUAAAACAAAGCCAAGCUAG